UUCAUGUCACCGUGCGAAAUUUUCAAUUCAUUGACUUACCUGCCACCCCUGAACCAAGCACUAGCGAGGGCUCGAGACCGAAUUGUGGUCCAGUUUCACAGCCGCACAUGUCAACCAUUCCGCCUUGCAUGACGUGCCUCGCUCGCCCUCGCAGGUAUUUGAACUCGUCUCUCACUCCGCGUUGACAUUUUUCCUUUCUGUCAUCCUUCAUUGCACAAUCCAUUCACUACUCUACACAGCAGAGUCCUUCGUUCAAGAACAGUAAACGUGCCCAUCUCUACAACAAUCGGCAAGUAAACUUAAUACCAACAACCACUCAACAUGAAGUCAACUCUUAUUCUCGGUCUUGCGACAGUUGCUGUCGCAGCUCCUGGAGGAUGGGGAGGCCAAGGUCAAGGAUCCGGUGGACGAGGCGGCUACCAGCAGGGUGGUGAAACUGGAGGCAGCUGGGGAGACUGGUCUGGAGGAAAUGGUCAGUGGACUUCUAGCGAAGAAACAACAACUCCUACCCCUCAACCCAUAUCGAGUUCUGCUAUCCUUUCACCCAUUUCUUCACAUGAAGUAUGGGGAGACUGGACAAGUACGACCACAACCACCACCACCACUCCCAGCGUCAGCCCAAUUCCCCAAACUACCACGACUCCCUCGGAGACAGCGUGGCUAGAAUGGACUACCACCACAACCACCACUACCCCCAGUGUUAGCCCAAUCCCCCAAACUACCACGACUCCCUCGGAGACAGCGUGGCUAGAGUGGACUACUACUACCACCACCACUACCCCCAUCAUCAGCCCUACUCCUAUCACCACCAAAACCACAACCACCACUACCCCUUCAGAAACCAAAUGGUUGGAUUGGACCACCACAACGACGACAACUAACGUGAUCUCUCCCACUCCAGCUCCAGCUACUACCGAGUCCAAAUGGAAUGAUUGGACUUCCUCUGUCGCUCCAACCACAACCGUUGCUCCAGCGCCGGUUGAGACUUCGAGCACCGCCUGGGAAGAAUGGACCAGCUCAUCUGUCGCUCCAGCUCCAGUUGCGACUUCCAGCACUGUCUGGAACGACUGGACAUCUUCCGUCGCUCCAGCUCCAGUUGCGACUUCCAGCACCGCCUGGGAAGAAUGGACCUCAUCCGCCACUCCUGCACCAGUCACUACCACUCCAGUGACUACAGCAGCACCAGUCACCACCAGCUCCACCAUGUCUACCGUCGUCCCAUCCUCGACGACGCCUGUCGCUCCCGUCGUCAGCACUUUCACUGGCGCCGCCGCUAGCAUGCCCACUGGUGGCUACAAGAUAGCCGGUGCUGCAGCCGCCAUCAUGGUCGCUGCCAUGCUCUAAACGAGUCCAGCGCAAUUUUGACUUCGCCUUUCGAUUCAACUUUGUCGCGCUGGACCUGGACAUGGACAUUUGGGGGAGAUUAAUAUGCAAAGUCACCGCACAUUCUCGAAUGGCUUCCUUUGCUCUUUUCGACACACAUUAUUUUCGACAUUAAUGACUGGAUACGACGACAACAACAACAACUAUAACACAUUUUUGACACAGCGACAACUCAUGAUCACUCUUUCAGCAUGAGACUGGGCGGCACUUCGACGGAAUGGAGGCUGCAUUUGGGCAUGGGGACACCAAAAAUCGGUAUUGGGAUUGGACUCAUGAUUAUUUGUGCCAGCAUAGAAGAUACUGGAUUGGAUAUAGCAUGGCACACCAGCAGCUAUAUUCGUUGCAUAGCUUAUCAUCGAGCAUUCGAGGAUGAGCUUAAUGUGAUAGUAUUAAGAUAGCAUAGCAUUACUAUUAUAAGUGGUUGCUAACAAUGAGAAAAACAUUGGAAAUA